AUGCGGAGUGUUCUGUUACCUCCUUCAAUCCCCCAACAGCCUUCUGAGAGCAACUCCGAGAGGACUGCUCCCAUCCUGCAGAUGGGGUUGUGGAACCCAGAGAAGGCCUGGCUCGUCGCGUCACACGUUUCUGAGCGACGGAGCAUCUGGCUCCAGAGCCUUAGUCCGCAGGGUCCUGGCUGUCCACUCACCGCCACUGACGCAGACCCUGAGAUGCGGGGUGAGGAGCUUGCCGCCAUCCUCUCUGCCUUCUGGGGUCUGAGCCUGGCACAGAGCUUCAGCAGAGCCCCGGCGGAGGACCCGGCCACGGCUCCCAGGCUUCACCUGGCUGAUCUCCUGGCCGACACGGGUGUAGCAGCCGUGCGCCACGCCACGUGGGAAGCCGAGGCCCAGGGCAGCCAAGACCCGCUCCUCCAAGGCACCCACCACUUAUCCAACCAUCCAGCCAUGUGCCCGGUGAUCUGCCGGCUGCAGACCCCUCCCAGGUUUCCUGCCACCAUUGCACCACUGUGUCCUGGGUCUGAAAUGUUCUCCACUGUAGAAAACUGCCCACACAUGUACCAGGCCAGCUGGGCUUCAGAGCUCCUGCAGUGCCACCUGCUGCCCCCGCUCCUGCAGCUUGCUGGCCUGGCUUGUAGCAGCGCUACAAGCCCUUUGCCCGGCUCCCUGGCACUGUUCCUGAGGGUGGGCCCAGAGAUAAGCCAUUCAGGAUUCUGCCUGGACGGCUGGUACCCCUUCCAUCUGCUAGAGAGGGAGGCCCCGCACCAGCCGUGGGGCCUGCCCCCUGCCCCGGCCCCGGGAGGCAGCUCUGAUGAAAGUGCGUGUCUGUCGCCAGGCCUGGUGCAGAAUGUUCCCUACUUCCCUGCCUCGGGGGCCAGCACCCUCGCCCUGGACACCAGCCACUCAACACCCUGGUCCUCCCAGGGCCCCCUGCAUGCCUGCCCCUUGGGGCACCACUCUGAUGCCAUCACCAGCCCCACACCACCCGUUCCUUCGCUCACACAUCUUGGGACCCCCCCAGCUGCCCUCUCCUCCAGGCAGCCUGACUUGCAGCCGGCCCUGUGGUUACUUGCCUGGGGUGGCUCCCGGGCGCCUUGGAGAAAGGCCGGGCUGGACUUGCCCAGCGCAGGUGAGCGGCUGGCCCUGCAGACCCCGGACCCAGAGGGCCGUGGACCUGCGUCUCAGAGCAUCUCGGAGAAGACUGGGCAGUGCCAGAGUGCCGUCCUGCCCGGGGAUGGGGGCUGCAGAGCCGCCACCGCUGCCGACAGCGGGACAGCUGGGGGGUCGGGAGAGCACGGCUGCACGUCACUGGCGGGGCAGCCUCACCCGAGUCAGUCUGCUGUCCUGUCUCCCCUCAACGGCUUCCAAAGCCAGGGCUCAGGGGGGCCGCACGCCGGGCCCUGCCCCUCACCCCUCAUCUCGCGCCUUGAGGUCCCCUUCCCCGGCCACGCGGUUCCUCUCUGCCCCCCACCUGGUGCCAACCGGAAGUGCCCCAUGGAGUCUGUGAUGUCACCCCUGCCUCCCGGCACACAUCGCACUUCAUCCCCCACCCCUAGCAGUCAGCUCACUCCGCUGACACUGAGCAGACCCUCCUUGCGCCUGCUCCGGGGACAGGAGCAGAAGGCCCCGCGUUCCGAGCGCCCGGUGGGGAUGCGGCUGGCUACCAGCCAGGAGGCGAUGCCAGGCUCCUCGUGGGGUGUUCCUGGAAGCACACUCUGUACUGUGCCCGGCACAUAUAAGACAGAACCCCGACAUUCACCGGGCACCCAUCCAGGAACACGGGGAGUCUCUGAAUCUGGGAACACCGCCGUUUCUAAGACUUGCAGCUUCAGCAAGGUCCUGGGGAGGAGACACCAGGGGACCCUGGCUGCUCAACCUGAGUGA